UAAAAACUGACAAAAUGGCUCUCGGACUUGGGAACAACAUGAUGUCAUGUGUACCCAACAACACUGCCGUCCUCGGUUUCGAUAAUCGAUCACAUUCAAUGUGGGCGUUAACUUUCGUUUCUGUCAAAGUGGCGUGAGUUUCCUUCCCGGCCUCCCAGUCGUGGCGUCAAACAUGGCGGAAGUGGACUUCUCUCUGCUUAGUCUGGAAAGCGAGCUGACGUGCUGUAUCUGUCUGAGCCCUUUUGACUGUCCGGUCACCAUCCCCUGCGGGCACAACUUCUGCCAGGCGUGCCUUCUCGCCACCUGGACGGACGUGUACGACUGUCCGCAAUGUCGGACCCACUUCGCCGUCAAGCCGGAGCUGAAGAAGAACACCGUCCUCAGCACCGUGGUGGAGACCUUCAAAGGACGUUCUAGCGAGGUGUUUGCCUCCGAAGACAAAAGCAGCCAAGCGGCGACCCCUAAACCCGACAGGGUGGACUGCGAUACGUGCAUGGAGUCACCGGCGACCAAAACCUGCCUCACCUGCAUGGCGUCUUUCUGCGCCGAGCACCUGCGACCGCAUCACCACAACCCGGUGUUCCGCGUCCAUCAGCUGACCGAGCCCGUCGGCGACCUGUCGGAACGCAUCUGCCGGGACCACCGCAGGCCCAUGGACCUCUUCUGCCCUCAGCACGGCCGCCUCAUCUGCAUCCUCUGCCUUCAAACGGCGCACAAAACCUGCUCGCUCGUCUCUCCUGACCAGCAGAGGAUCAUGCAAGAGUCUGAGUUGAGAAAAAAGUUGGGUUUGGUGGAAAAGAAGAUUCAAAGGAAUGAGACGGUCAUAUCUGAAAUGGCAGGCAUGCAGAACACCUUGAAGGAUAAGGCUGUCUUCAUGAAGAUGAACAUGGCUCUCGAGUAUCAGCAGAUCAAAGACAUGCUGGUCAGCGAGGAGCGUGAUGCUAUGGGCUUAUUGGACCAAGAGCUGACGUCUGGUCAGACCAAGCUCAAGGUUCUCAUCAAGCGCUUUUCAGACAAUAUCAGUAACUUGACCAAAUCCAAGGAGGAGAUCCAGAGUCUGCUGUGCAAGUCCCAAACGGUGGCCUUUCUGCAGGCUUCAGUUAACCUGCCCAAAGCUGCAACCUUUGAUCCGUUUCCCCCACAAAUCAACCUGGAGUCCCCAAAGUUGAAAGCAGCCCAACAGUUUUCUGUUCAGCUGAAGGAAGAGAUGCGACAGAUCCUGAGUCAGCCGUACGAUGCCAGAACGCCACUGCUAAAACAAGAGAAGAGAGAGGAGAACGUCCCCCCAAGAAACCCCCCCCCGCCGGCACCAGCUAAACCAGUUCACGCCAAAGCCGACAUGAAAACGCACCAUAAACCAAAAAACACCUUUGGGCUGAAGAAAGACAACAAGGAACAUCAGAAAAACAAGUGUCGUUCCAUGGAGAAUCUCCUGGAGGCUGAUAGUGGGAAAGCAAAAGGCAGAGGUUCCGAGUCCAAAGCAAAAACAGAAGCUGCGGGCCUUCCUGCCAAUAUUACUUCUGCUGAAAAAAGGCACAACCUUUUGAAGUACGGCCGGGAGCUUACCUUCAACCGAUGGACGGCACACAGGCGCCUGAUAUUCUCCGAGGACUUCACCGAGGUAACCGUGUCCAGCCAGCCUGACGCCGCCAAGAACCCCGACGGCCCCGAGCGCUUCGCCGUGUGCUCUCAGGUGCUCGCUUGUCAAGGUUUCACAAACGGGCGCCACUACUGGGAAGUGCGAAUUAACAACAACAACUUCACCGGCAUCGGCUUGGCUUAUUCUAGCAUCAACCGCAAAAGUCCCACCAGCCGACUGGGCCGCAACGGCCAGUCCUGGUGUGUGGAGUGGUUUAACAUCAAACUGUCGGCUUGGCACGACAGCAAGGAGGUCGUGCUUGACAAUCCCAAUCCCAAACGCGUUGGUGUGUUGUUGGAUUUGGACGCGGGCUCGGCUACAUUCUACAACGUGACAGACCGGGCGUACCCCUUCUACUCUUUUGUGUUCCCCUUCACUGCCACCGUCUUUCCGGCCUUCUGGAUUUUCUCCUGUAAUUCCUCCAUUUCGCUCUGCAAGCUUGAGAAAGUAUGAUUGACAUUUCUUGGGAAAAUCAAGACUAAUAUGCAAAAUCAGCUUUUAACCAAACAAUGAUCACUUUUUGUUUUCUUCAAAGUUCUGAAACCAAGUCUAGAUGCAAGCUAACGUGAGCAUACCAGGGAUGGCUCCAUCAACGUUGUCCUAUUCUUAAACCGUGUUGUAACUCAUUCAAUACCAGAGACGUAUUUGUACGUUUUUAUAAUCCAACAACCUAUUUACACGCUUUUUGUGCGAGAAGCAAAAAGAGAAGAUGAUGCAACCCUCCACUGAUGCGUUUCACCUCCGAGCACCUUUCAGCCAUAAAAACUAGCGCGUGGAAAGCAAACAUGAUAUGAAGGAGGAACCAGGAGAGCGUGGAGAAGUGUAGCGUGCAGAAGGUCACGGGAAAUACACACACAGCUCAGUUCCAAAAGUGAAAAUUAUAGUUUGUAGAGAAAUUGUUAUUUUAAUAUAAAACUGUUCAACUUGUACAUCUAUGACAUUUGCAAAGUGAUAUUAUUGGCGGAUGAUGAAUCAUUAGAAAGGUCAGAAGAAAUGGUCGUAUUAAAAAGAUGCUUUUAUAAUAAUAGAUUGUACUUGAACCUAAAUAAAACUAAAAUCAUGCUGUUUGCUAACAGCAGAAAGGACACGCACCAGCAAAUACAAAUAGACGGUGUAAAGGAAAAUACAUUUCUGGGGAUCACAAUAGAUGAAAAUAUGAGCUGGAAACCUCAUAUUACAAAUAUACAACAUAAGGUGGACAGAAAUAUUUCAGUAUUGAACAAAGCUAAAUUUGUUGUCAAUCAGAAAUCACUCCACACUCUUUAUUGCUCUCUGGUUCUACCAUAUCUUACUUAUUGUGUGGAAAUAUGGGAUCAUAACUAUAAAAGCAAUCUUCACUGGCUAAAUGUACUGCAAAAAAGGCCAGUAAGGAUAAUUCAUAAUGCCGCCUACAGAGAACAUACUAACUCCUUAUUUGUAAAAUGACAAAUACUUCAACUUGCUGGUAUGAAAAAGAAAGCCAGAUGGCCAUCCUUCAUAAUCUCAGUAGAAGUUCACUCGUGGCAUUCAUCCCACUUUACUGUCCAGCUAAGUGUAGCAGUUGAAAUAUACACAUACACAUACACAUGUAGCAGUUGAAAUAUACACAUACACAUGUAGCAGUUGAAAUAUACACAUACACAUGUAGCAGUUGAAAUAUACACAUACACAUGUAGCAGUUGAAAUAUACACAUACACGUGUAGCAGUUGAAAUAUACACAUACACAUGUAGCAGUUGAAAUAUACACAUACACAUACACAUGUAGCAGUUGAAAUAUACACAUACACAUACACAUACACAUGUAGCAGUAGAAAUGUACACAUACACAUGUAGCGGCCACAGACAUGGCCGCUGAAAUGGAAAAGGCUUACCGCUAAGUUGUUUUCUGUAGGUAUUGCUAUCAAAGAGGGUUGUUAGCACGCCGCUUGUUGACCACCCACAGCAGGAGCCGUGAUUACCUGCACCUGCUGGCCCUUUAGUGCUGCCUUGCAGGACAGACAGCCAAUCAGGAGGGGACCCACAGUCAGCUGACCAAGUCAUGUGACUGCUGCUGAUGACACGGUUACAUUAUGUUCCCUUGAAAGAAUAGGUCCAACAUGGUUGGCAAUGGAGGGGUUGUCUUUUGGAAAAUAGCUGCGGGAAAAAGACACAAACAAACAAAAAAGCUGGGAUUGAAUGAGUUAUCAUACAUGUUCCUGUUAGCAUCCUUAGCUUGCUAACACAAUGGCAACCGGAAUGGGACGUCAGCCGUGUCACAAAACACUUUUAAAAUAGUUUUUCAUGUACCCAACAGUUAAAAACAGUUAAAAGCAUGUACAUCCAGCAAUAAAGCAACUUUUAAGGCUACUUUUACUGACACCAUUUUCCUGUUGAAUUCAAUAGUUUUCCCUCUUCUUUAAUUUUAUGGAUCACAUCAUUGAGGUGAGAAACACUAUUACAAGCAGGAAGUAGCACAUGGCAAAACAGGAAGUUGGUGUUGAAGAGGAAGGUGUUGAUCUGGUUACAACAUAAGUGUCUUUGGAAACAAUCACAUCUUCAGUGAAGGUACAAGCAACCUCAAAUGGUCAUUUAUUCCCAUAUUUAUUCCCAUAUUUAUUCCCAUAUUCAUUCCCAUGAAUUGCAAGGGAUGAACAUGCAUUUAUUUAAUGGACAUGGUUUCUUAUGGGAAAGGGUUAGAGUCCUUAAUGAUGAUAACCCAGCUCCCACUGUAGUUAGUGGCAGUCAAUGGCGUUCAACGGCGUUCAAUGGCGUUCAACGGCGUUCAAUGGCGUUCAGUGGCGUUCAAUGGCGUUCAGUGGCGUUCAAUGGCGUUCAAUGGCGUUAGUCAAUCCAAUGGAUUACUAUUUGAAACGUUCCAACGGUGUUAGCGUGACCAACGGUGAAACGUUGCAGCUUAUUUUGCACUGUUAUUUUGUAGCAAUGUUGGACGGUGCUUCAGUCGCUAUUGUUCACAACUACAAGACAGGAAGCUAAAUCGCUCGUCAACAACAGUUGUGGUUGCUGACGGUCAGGAAAUGUUGCCCCCUGGCGUUAUGGGAGGGAAUGCAAGAAUUGCUUCCCCUGGUAAGUGGGAACGUUAUUGCGAGGGAAGACUGGAGUGUGUUUGUCAUACGACUUCUCCCGUCCGUGGCAACAGCAGCUGUUGAUCCGCAUGAUUGGACCAACGCCCUGAUUGGUUUCCAGUAACGGGUAAUUGAAUUCAUUACCAUUUCAAACGUUACAAUGGCGUUACCAACUGUGAAAGGUGGCGCCACAUUAUGCACUGAUAGCUAUAGCUAUGAGCAUAAUGUCGCUUCUGUGGCCAUGAUUCACGGGUACAACACAGGAAGCUAAAUAGCUAGUCAAGAGUUAUGGUUGCUCACUCUCAGGAAAACACUGCCCCCCCCCUCAGGUUUCGAUAGCGCCAAGUUGUGGAUGGGUAGUGUCCAAGGAGGCGUGUGAUGUCAUCUUACCAAAGUUGAUUAAUGACCAAGCAGAGUGGAACUCAUUUGGGACGGCUCAUCAAGUCCUGGUCCACCGUGUUCUUAUUCUGAAAAGUGCCUGCUUAAUCAGACAUCACACAUCAUAAAGUUUGAGACCCAAAACAUUCAUUUCUGUGAAAGAUGUAGCGGUUUUGUCGACAUGUGUUGUAAUGUUGUCAACUUCCUCAUCAUCCCUCGUGUGUUUAUGCAAAAAGCAGAUGUGUGUCACAUGUGUCGCAGUGGAAAACCAUGUUGACGAACUUCAGGGUGAAAAUCCUUCAUGGCCCAUUUUCCUUGUAAAUGUGCAUGCAUUGGCUAAUUCCGGUCAGGUCGACAACCGCUGAUGUCAACGUGAUCAGCCAAUCAAAGGGAUGUUGACUUAAUGGGUACGUUAUUGGUUAGCUUUGCAGCCUUCUUUUAUGUCAUGACAAGUCUUAAAAUGAUUCAUUAUUCUUUCUGAAAAAUGAUGAAAAUAAUGAUUGGAAUUGUUAAUGUGUUGUCUGGUUCGUGUUGUUCUACUUCAGCUACUAACUCCUAACUCCUAACUCCUGUCAUUUGGGCCAAAGUGUACAAGGAUGCAGGGAGUGGCUACAUCACACGUUGCGUAGCAUGUGAUGCUACUGUGUUGUGUUCAAUGACCCCGGAGAUAAACGUCAACAUCCUGAAUUGUUUGUUCUUUUACAUUGAAUUUCUGCUUUACAUUUACUAUUCCAACUCUUUCAUAUUCUUUCAUCAUUUGAUUCAAGAUGGGUAUUAUACGUAGUAACUUUCCAGCAAUGAGAUUAUUGAUUUUUAAAAAUGUUAUAUUUGUGAUUUUGAAUGUGUAAUGAUCACAAAAUGAAAACUAAUAAAAGGUGGA